AUGACAUCGUUUGCGGAAGUAACGAGACAAGUGAGACAAAUUAAUGAUUUGAUUUUAUCGGAUAUGAAAAAUGGAAGCAAUGACCAAACAGUUCACACGGCAUCCCAGACGACAAAGACACAUUUAUGUGCUACAAAAGACUGGUUCCUCCGAAUAUCUUGGGCAAAUAAGAAGAAAUUUCUACUCGUAUUGAUAGAUGAUGUUAAAAAGAUAUGGACUUUGUCACUGUUGUUGAAGUCUAUUUGGAACUGUCGGCCCAAAGAUGCAGUGAUGUCUAUAUGCGAAAAGAAGAUUUGGAGCAGUUACGAUCAGAUACCAAUGGAUCACGAUCGAACGGCUUUGCCAAAGACUAAGCUGAUGGAAGUCAUGUUGAAUGACAGGAGGUGGUUCCAGUCUCUCGAACCUGAAGAUCAAGCGUUGGUUCUAACAGAGUUGUUAACCAUAUCUGGAGGGCCAAUUAUGUGGGAUGUGAUGAAAAGAGCUGAAAAAAUUUACCAACAGCAUCAAGAAAUACAGUUACAGAACUUACUGGAAUGCGAAGUUGUUAUAGAGCCACCUCCCGAAAAGAAGAUCUUACCUGAACCGGUUAAAAAAGAUCAAACACCACGGCGUAAGAGUUCUGUUAGUCAAAGUGCGGAAACAAAGGCUGUGACGGGUCAAGCUCAGAGAGAGUUGGAAAUAAAUUUGUCACAAUGGGCAUCUACAGUCAAAUCUAUUAAAGAUAGUUUGAAGCUAGAAGAAUUAGAGAUGACUUUCAAAGACGGAACACAAAAGAAAAUAUGGAAAGUGAAUCGGCCGAAACCUGAAAUUGUUGAAACAGUUGAUAUGAUCCAGUUACUGCCGUCUUCAAUAAGCAAACGCAUCUUUAUGUAUCUGCCUCUAACUCAACUGGGAGAUUGUGCUAGAGUUAACAAAUAUUGGUCUUUUCUGGUCGAUGAGUUGAAAGCAGAAUUCUCAGCAAGACAGAAGAUAGAUAUUGAAUUGGAAAAAAUGCGUGACAACAUAAUGCGUCAUGAACCAAAUUUGGAUCUCAUGAGUAAAUCUGAUUUCAACGAGAUGACAACUUUGGACUCAACGUCAAUGUUUACGAAGACAAAUGAGCCUACUAAUGUCGAUGAAAAAAAUAAACCAAGCACCCACUCUUUUGGGGCAAAACGACGAACACAGUCCCAAAAAAAGAAAGGAUAUAUUAUACCUUUUCGAGACAUGACAGAUCUUAAUGAACGAUUGGAGAGACGGGGUGCUGCUGAUAGAAGUUUAUGGAAAUGGUGUUCCAAUGUCAUCAAGAUAAACAAGAAUAAUAUUCGUCUCCAAAAUAACGAACAAUCCGAGGGCUUAUUGACACUCGAAAAUCCUCAUUUUCCAUCUUGUUUGAUGUCUCAAAAUUUAAAACUACCUUUGGACCCACCUCUUACUGUGGAUCCUUCUGAUAAGUAA